GUUUAAAGAAAGGGGUUCAAGAAAGUUCAGAUAACAUGAGCAGUUCUGAUUCUUCUGAACCUGCGCAAUUAUCUAACCUGUAAAACCGCAAAAACCCUUGAAGAAGAAGCUCCAAAGGAUGAGUUGCAGCAUACCGAGAUUACAACUCUCAAUUCACAGCAGACAAUUUCCAUAUUCACCUUCUAAACUUCAUUCUCUCCCCUCAAUUUCAAUUUCCCACACUCUAAAACCCUCAAAAACAGCUCAAAAUCUCAGCAUCAAAUCAAUCCUCUUCGAUUCUAAGAACAGUGGUGUCCAAGUGGUGAAUGAUGGAUUAGAGGUUGAAGUUGCUGAGGGUUUAACACUGACCCAAUUUUGUGAUAAAAUGAUUGAUUUGUUUAUGAAUGAGAAACCCAGGUCUAAAGAUUGGAGGAAGUACCUUUCUUUUAGGGAUGAGUGGAAGAAAUACAGGGAUAGAUUCUAUAGCCGAUGUCGAACCCGAGCUGAUAUGGAGACUGAUCCUGUUUUGAAGGGGAAACUCAGCUCUUUGGGUAGGAAAGUUAAGAAGAUUGAUGAUGAUAUUGAAAGACAUACUGAUCUUUUAAAGGAGAUAGAAUACAAUCCUACCGAUAUUAACGCCAUUGUUGCUAAGCGUCGUAGAGACUUUGAUGGGGAGUUCUUUCGCCACCUCACAUUUCUUCAACAGACUUAUGACAGUUUGGAGGACCGUGAUGGUGUUGCUAGGCUGGCUGCCAGAUGUUUGUCUGCAGUUUCCGCUUAUGAGAACACAUUAGUGAUUGUGGAUACAUUUGAUACUGCUCAAGCUAAAUUUGAUGACAUCUUAAACUCUCCAUCAAUUGAUAUCGCCUGUGAGAAGAUAAAAAGUUUUGCCAAGGGAAAGCAACUUGACUCUUCGUUGAUAUUAUUGAUAAACAGUGCAUGGGCUAAAGCAAGAGAGUCCAGAACCAUGAAAAAUGAGGUUAGAGAGAUUAUGUAUCGUAUUUACAAAGCAACAAAAAGCAGUAUGAGAAGCAUAGCACCGAAAGAAAUUAAAUUACUCAAACAUUUGCUUAACGUAACUGAUCCCGAAGAGAGGUUCUCUGCAUUGGCCACGUCUUUCUCCCCCGGAGGUGAACAUGAAGCCAAGGAUCCUAAUGGUCUUUACACGACACCAAAGGAACUGCAUAAGUGGAUAAAGAUAAUGCUCGAUGCAUACCAUCUAAGUCAAGAAGAGACCGAAAUUAGGGAAGCAAAACAAAUUGAUGAGCCGGUGGUUAUUCAAAGGCUUUUCAUCCUCAAGCAAACAAUAGAACAAGAGUAUUUGGAGCGGGAAGUUAAAACAGGUGCAGAGGCUAACAAGUCAGAGGAGGAAUUUUGACACUCAGUCAUUAUCUACUUUAUUGUGUAUACUUGUGUUGUAUGUAGUUUGCUAGUUGAAAACCAGCUUCUUGUACAUAACAUCUCAGAUAGGCAGGUACCAUGUACUUGUCAAGUUUGUCGUGUUGCAUGUAUUUGAUGUUGUUGCUGUUGACAAAAGUCACAAAACAUCUUGUACUAUCGGUUAAUCAAGAAUUAAUACAGUAUAGAUUAGAUGCUUCA